AUGGCCAAAGCGGAGGUGAGCUUUGGGGGCGAUGGCUUUUCAACCACGCAGCCGUUGGAGACCCGGAGUUUGAGGGAAGUUCUCCUGUCCUUCUGCUCCAUGUGUAUCACAUAUUUGGUGGUUCUACUGGAGGUCUGCAACUUUUCUUCGGUUCGAAACAAAGACGUGGUGACAAAGAUCACCGUCGAUGGAUUGCUUGACAUGUUGUUGCUUCCUGUGAACAUUGGUUUCUUUGGUCAUCUUUGCGUGAGAAAACUGCGAUUACAAGGGAAUGCUCAUUCCACACAGGUGAUCUCCACCAUUGUGGAGAGCUCGGAAAUUUGGGAAGCUUGGGCAUUGUGGUCCGUGCUAGGCAUCGGCCUCUUCGUGACAGUGGUGGAUGUGGAGUCAAGACAAGAUGUCGAACGGCGAGCCUUUGUGAAACCUUUCAAGAACUUGAGUCUUCAAGGUGUGCGCACCUGGGUCUUUAUGAUUAUGGUCAUCACUGCCACCAGGUUAUUGACGACCUUUCUCCAAAGUUCUGCGCCGUCCUUGUGCUAUUGGGCUUCCAAGAGCUGCAUGAGUUGUACCGAGCUCUAUGAGGUGAACAUCCACCUGGCCGCGGCUGCGGUGAAUUUCAUCCUGUGCUCCUUCGCUUUGGCCUUCGUCUUCACUUUCGAGCAUACCUUUGAUGAAUAUCUUCGCCAGAUUGGGCCUUUCUGGAAGUUCUGGGGCGUCAAAGGUGUUGUGUCGGUGACCUACUUCCAGUGGGUGGUCUUGAGCUAUGGACCCUUCAACUUGGAAGAUAAGCGCAUCUACCUGCUGCACUGUUUGCUGAUGACUUUGGAGAUGCCGUUGUUGGCUGUGAUCCACUCGAGUUGUGCUUACCCCUACGGCAAGCCCUGGUUGGAAUAUCUGCUACUUCUCCAGCAGAAGGAGUGGCUGGCAUGGCAGGUGACAAAAGCGAUUCUUGCAUGGGAAUAG